AUGUUUAUAUUAUAUGAAUUCUUUGGAGUUGUCACGAAUUUAGGUGGAGGUAUUUUAGGUUCGAGACUUGGUCUUCGUUUUUGUUUAUUGGUUGGAUUAUGUACACAAGUUAUUGGGAUAGGAAUUUCAUGUGGUUUACAAUCUAAUUGGAGUUCACAAAUUGUUAUAAUAUAUAUUGUAAUUGCUCAAGGGUUUAGUGGAAUUGCCAAAGAUAUGGUUAAAUUAGGUGGUAAAUCAGUUACGAAGUUAGUGACCAAAGAUGAUAUUAAAGGUCAUCAAUCAAAAUUAUUUAAUUUGGUGGCAUGGUUGACAGGAGCAAAAAAUUCUAUCAAAGGUGCAGGAUUCUUUGUUGGUGCCUUCCUACUACGUUUCGCUGGUUAUGUACCAUCACUGUUGAUAUUAUUAGGUAUGAAUUUAAUGGUAAUUCCCUUUGCGUGGUAUUAUCUUGAUAGAAAUUUGGCUGUUACAAGAAUGUUUUUAUUUGGAUCAAGAGAUCUAUGGUUUGAAGUACCAAUACCACUCUAUCUUCGAAGUGCAAUUGGAUGGUCAUAUAUUGGUACAGGAGCAUUUCUUGCAGGAUGGGUAAUAUUCUAUGGGGCAAUUCAAUCUAGUACACCAAAAUUAAUUCUAAAACCAAUUAAAUUAUAUCCUGUAAAACAUGGUAGAUUAUUAGUACCAUUUACAAUAUCACUUUUAAUAGUAAAUUUGAUUAUAGCAUUUUGUUUAACAUUUAUUAAACUUCCUAAUAAUUAUACUUUAAUUCUUGUAAUAUUAUUAGUUGGAUUAUAUUCAUUUGCAUUUAUUUUUGCUGUAAAUUCAUCAAUUCAUUCUUUUCUUAUAUUAGCUUAUUGUCAUAGAGAUAAAGUUGCAAUGAAUGUAGGAUUUUAUUAUAUGGCAAAUGCCAUGGGAAGGUUAAUUGGUUUAGUGAUUGGUGGACUAUUAUAUUGGUAUUUUGGAUUAUUUGCAUGUUUAUGGGCAUCAACAAUUGCUUUAAUUUGUUGUACAUUUAUUUCUAUUUUCCUAGGUCCUAUUCCAAAUGAUGAAUUAGAAUCAUUAUAA